AUGCAUCCGCACACACUAGCAUACACGCACAAUAACAGGCUCUUGCUCUGGUUGCCGAGUGUGCAGUCUUUCUCGAUCGAUCCAGCCGGCAGGAUGCGCCCAACUACCAGACCAGAUCUGGUACCCUUUAAUUUGUCUGGACUGGUACACAACCUCAGGGGCUCUGCCCGAGUCACGGAAGAUAGAAGAAUCGCCGCUCCGUUCCGUUGUCCCCGCCUCCAUCACCACCGCCAACUCCUCCUCUCCCUCCUUCUGCUCACCUUUCCUAUCCUCCUCGCUUUCACAACCACCGUCCCUGAGCAGCAAGAUCGGCCGCCCUGUCGGCAUGACGACAACCACGGCUGGCCACUAGACCUGCUUAGUCAGGCCUACAUGAAGAGGCCCUGUUGCCUGCCUCUCACCUGGGAGGCGACUUUUCGUGUACGCAACCUCGAUCGCGGCAUUGCCCUGACGCGGGUCGACAGCGGCGUCCUGCGCAUCUUCCGAUGGACCACGGGCGGCCAGACGGCCUCGGGCCUGGGUCCGCUCGUCGGUCCACUAGCCGCGGCCAGCGGUCCUGACGAGGACUAUGAGACCGAGGAGUUGGUCGACUCAGAGACUGAAGCCUUCGCGAACACCAGCCGGUCGGGGCCGCUGGAAGAGAGGAUGGCCGCUCUGAUGGUGGUCGGACAGGACAUCUUCUUCACGGGCUUCUGCCAAAAUAGCAGCCAAGAGACCCUCGGCCAGCGCCGACUGGCUCGUCAGGUGCGUCAGGCUCUCUGCAAAAAGGACACACCCCAUUGUCUGCACACUCCGUUUUUGGGCGAACCGCGCUGCUUCUCUCCCAAAACUGGCUAUCGUCUUCGUGACAGUUUCGCCGUUUCCGCCAGCCUCUCAAGUCGCGUGGUUCAGGUCUGGUUCCGCGAUCAGCCCAUCAGCCCCUCCAGCCGGCAGAUCGUCCGCCACAUUGUCCAUCUUCAAAUGCAAUUCGGCCUCUGCCAACUCAUGCGCUACCAUGUCCGCGUUGGCCGAUACAUUGCACCUGAGCGCAGUUGCCAGAUGGUCAUUCAACAGGAGCAGACAUUCGAGCCGAUGCAUGGAAGUUUUCGUAUCAACUUUUCGCACUCCCUGAUCGACGGUCUCCUCUUCUGUGAUGACUGA